CAAGCUAUUUGCUAAAUGUUCUUUUCUAAUAUAGGUAAGAGAGGAAUGCAGGCUCCUCAACGCUCCACCUGUUCCACCACGAAGUUCAAAGCCCUCGUCCACCAGUCCUUCCAUUCCUCCUCGCACAAUCAAACCAGCACGGCAACAGACUCGUUCUCCUAGCCCUACGCUGUCUUACUAUUCUUCAGGAUUGCACAACAUCAGCAUCACAGAAGGUGACACGACAAAUCCACCUGAGAGUGCCCCUGUUUCUUGCUACCCUUGCAACAUGAUGCAAACUGAAUCAAAAGAGCCUGACAGCAAGAUGCCUUUUGGAAGCCCCUCAGCUGAAGCUCUGCCUUCUAGGUUGUCCUGGCCAAACCAUUUUUCUGGAGCUGCCGAAGGCUUAAACAGGAACGAUUUUCUGCUGGAUCCAAGCAGGAGUUAUAGUUAUCCAAGACAGAAGACUCCAGGCACACCAAAGAGAAACUGUCCUGCCUCUUUUACUUUCGACUUUGAUGGGUGUGAACUCCCUGCUGGGUACACGCAGUUGGCCACAACAGAGUUCAGCAACACCAUCUCCAGUUGUCCAAAGUCAGCAAGCUACUCUUUAGAAUGCACUGAUGAGAAAAAUCUGGCAGUCAGCAAUGCAAAGCAGAGUCAUUCGUGCCCUGCCUUACCUCCUCGUGUGCCAAAAUCGAACGAUGAGAACCCAGUUCUAGACACUUGUCCUCUGCCUCUGAAAAUAGAUGGUGCAGAGGAAGAAUCUCAGACUGGUUCACCAGACCUCUCAGAAGAUCAAUAUCCUGUUAAAAAGGGCAUGCAGAACGUUUUCUCUGUUUCUUACCCAUUUUCGUCUCCCCUUCACCUUCAGUUAGCACCAAGGUCUUGUGGCGAUGGCUCUCCCUGGCUACCACCUACAGACCUUUCUGGGCUCUCAAUAGAGGAAGUAUCUAAAUCUCUGAGGUUUAUUGGUUUAUCAGAAGAUGUCAUAUCAUUCUUUGUUACAGAGAAGAUUGAUGGCAAUUUACUCGUUCAGCUUACAGAAGAGAUCCUUUCUGAGGACUUUAAGCUAAGCAAAUUGCAGGUUAAGAAAAUACUACAGUUCAUUAAUGGCUGGCGGCCGAAGAUGUAGUUCAGUGAUUCUGACUGGUGUUUAAUUAAACUGUGUGAGAGACGUGCUAGAAAUGCUGGGGCUAGUACGUCGUUUCCUGUUUUUGCACUAAAAGCCCUUUCUGUAAAUAAUAGUGGAAGAAAUUCUUACUAUGCAGAUAAAGUUUUAGAGUGGUGAACAGAUUUUUAUAUGUCAAUAAAAAUGUAGAGAACCCAUAGAGGUGUGCCUUGUGCAUCACUGAACAUUCAGCAGCUGCUAAAAACUGGACGUUAAGGGAAUUAAUUUUUACUCAUGUAGUCUGUCAAGACAUAGUAUUUAUUACUGAACAAUUAAUAUGAAAGACCACACACAAUUCCAGUUUACAGUUUUGUGUUAACAGCAAAAAAUGCAUUUCUUCUGAGGUUAUUUCUGUUUGGAUUAUUGGCAACAUGUCAUGACUUAGUUUUUCCUUUUCUACUGUUAAUAAAGGAUAUGAUCAAACCUAUAAAAUACCAUUUUUAACACUGUAUCUGAACUUUUUAAAGAGUUUUAAAACAUCUUUUGACAUGCCACUAAAACAGCAUAUUUUGCAGGAUAAUUUUACCAAAAUAUCUUCAUGACUACUUAGAUAAAUUUGCCAUGUUACUGCUUCUGAGUAAAACACUUAUAUAUGAAAUAAAUAAAUAAAGCUUAGUGUUCCUGAAAA